CUUACCGUUUUCUGUAUUUUACAGGGCAGCAGCUGCCGGGGCACCAUUUCACGUUACCGAGCGUGCUACCGGUAAACGAUACCUUGCCCAAUUACGUUCUUUGGAUGAGAACUUGGCUCGAAAUAUUGAAAUGCAUAACAGAUUAGAUCAUCCCAAUAUUAUACAGCUUCAUCAAACUGUAAUGGAUCAAGGCAUUGCAGUACUCGUUUAUGAAAAGUAA